AUGAAGGUAGUUAUUUGCCGUAGAACACAGCUUCAUGAUAGAGCAGCGAAGUUGCAGCUCGUACGUCGUUGUCAGAACUUAGCUUGCGUGGUUAACCUGUCAAAACUGAUUGUCAGUGCUUGUCACUCUUCCUACUUCUUGAAUAGCUACAUAGCGACAGACAUGAGCAAGUCCAACAGGUUUUUUCGUCGGGGAUUUUAAAAGAAAUAAGAGAGAGCGGGCAUGGAGGAUUAUCGACUUCAUCGUUAGUUAGAGGCAACGGAAAGUAAAAAAUAGUUUAAAUUGGAGAAACAGGCUCCGGGCAACAAACAGAAAAUUUGGACGGAGCGAAGCUCUGGAUACUAGCGAACUGCGAACGAGAGUAGCAGCUUCUCCACCAGUGGCGUAGUAAAAUCCAAUAUGAAAGUGUGCUCAGAACAACCAGCAGCCAGUCAAAAGUCCAACCCUCUUGCAGGAGGGUUCUAGCACAUAGUAACCUCAGACACCUAACGACUUGGUUGCUAUACAGACG